CUUGGAAACUCAAAGGAAUUAUCGAAAGAAUGGUAAAUAACCCACACGCUCGUGAACAAAAAAAAAACGUUUUUUUGAUUUUUAGUUAAAGUCAAAAAACAUUAAGUGAAAAAAUUUUCGUCAUCAUGAAGGGGUUCUUUUACUUUUUAUGUCUUCUUCUUCUUCCAUGUCUUUCAAUUGCAGCAGAACCUGUAUGCACGAAAUGUAUUGAUGGUAAAAAUGGAGCAGAUGGCAGAGAUGGCAGACAUGGGCGUAAUGGACGAGAUGGUGCUUACAGUUAUUCCGGAAAAAUGCCAAAGGUUCCUACUGGUCCAGCUGGACCUCCAGGACGGGAUGGUAUAGAUGGCAAGCCAGGUGCUCCAGGUCCAAAAGGUCCAGAUGGAGACGUUGGUCCUAAAGGACAAAGAGGAGACGAAGGACCAAGCAGUGGUUCGUACGUUUCUCCAGAGGAAGUAGGAAGAAUUAUUGAAGGUGCCAUCAAGGCGCGUGGAACAACAGAUUCAAUAGAUUCCAAGCGUUACUCUGUCUGCAAUGAUCUUGCUUAUGUCUGUGGUAAAUGUGAGUGCAAGGAAAAAAACUAUGACGAUGAGUUUUAUGGUCGUGAUUACUACUGUGAUUGUCAAAAACUACCACCUGCACGAGAUUGUCGCCAACACAAAACCAACUCGCAAUCCUCAGAUGGAGUUUAUUUAAUCAAUCCAGGAGACACCUCUCCAUUUCCUGUAUGGUGUGAUAUGAACACUGACGGAGGAGGUUGGAUUAUGAUCCAAAGACGAUUGACUGGUCGAGUCAACUUCCAGCGUGAUUGGUUAGCUUAUAAGAACGGGUUUGGUAAUUUACAACAUGAAUUCUGGCUGGGACUUGAACAGAUAUAUCUUACACAACUUUAUGACGACAGAAGAGGAACUGAGAUGUGGAUUGAAAUCAUUGACAUGAAUAAUAAAGGAUAUAGAAUAAAAUAUGGAUUGUUUGAAAUCGGAGAUGAAUCAACCAAAUACCGACUGAAGACUGCUGGCUACAGUGGUGAUGGAGGAGACUGGUUGAAAUACUCAAAUGGUGCAAAAUUUUCAACUUAUGACAACGAUAAUGACGCAACAGGCAGCAACUACGCUUUGACGUAUGGCGGCUUUUGGUUCACUUCGUCUUACUACCAGUACACUCCUAACAAACCUUACGAGUUCAAGCAGAUCUACAGUAAAGGCCAUCAACAACCUCACCAACGGCUUUUGCAAGGUUUAAUCAAUGUCAAAGCUACAUAUUUAAAAAGCAUUGAGAUGAAGAUAAGAAGAAAAUAAAAUAGAACUGAUUGUAUUUGAAAUAUAACUCGAUCCUGA